AUGAAGGUUACUGCUGCUAUUCUUCCUCUCCUGACCGUCGUGUCUGCAUCGUGCCUUCACGGAACAUCGCUUCUACCCCGUGCAGCUGAUGGCAUUGUUGAUAUCAACUCCUUCAACUACACGAACACCGGCGGUCCUCUGACCUGGUACGGCCUGGACAAGAAGAACUCUGCCUGCUCCACUGGAAAGCACCAGUCGCCGAUUGACAUCGUCACCGAGGAGAUUGACUACGCCAGCGCCAACUCUGUACACUUCCAUAUUCCCAGCGCCGACAAUGCCAAGUUUGAGAACCUGGGCUCCGGCCUUGAGGUUGUCCUGACCAACGGCACUCUGGUUACUAAGAGCGGCUCCUACAAGCUCGCUCAGUUCCACUUCCACACCCCUAGCGAGCACCGCAUCAACGAGGAGUACUAUCCCAUGGAAGCUCAUUUCGUCUUCGAGAACACCGCUGGCUCCAUCGCAGUCGUUGCUUUCGUCUUCGAGCUGUCCCAAUUCGGCUACUCGACUCCUCUGUUUGACUCCGUCUUCGCCCACAUUGAUGACAUUGCCACUCCCGGCACUUACACCAAGACCAAUUCACUGGACUUCACUGGCAUCACUCGCCACCUGAACAGCCACGGCAUCUACCAAUAUACUGGCUCCCUCACCACUCCUCCUUGCUCCGAGGAUGUUGCCUGGUACAUCAGCACCGCCCCUCUGCCUCUGAAUGUCCAGAGCUAUAACGCCGUCAAGCAUGUACUCAAGUUCAACGCCCGCUACACCCAGAACGCCCUUGGCCAGGACAACCUUCUUGAGGUUGCCACCUCUGAGCUGAAAUAA